UGAGGUUAGAUUGUGCUGAAUAUCAUCUCCCCUGUCCUCUUACCGUUAUAAUGUGCAGUCGGAGAACAGGUGCGUGACUAAGACAUUAUAUUGCAUUGACCGCAUCAGCGUUAAAACGAAUUGGGAAAAUGAAUGGAGACUAGUCAUGUUCGCCGGUUUACUGCGGCUCAACUAGGGACAAAUCAUAUCAAGGAGUCCAAACAGGUUCCACGGGAGGCUUUACUGGACGGACAGUAUCACACUGCAUUGUGGACUACUCUGUAUUGAGAUGGACUGGAACUUAUGUGUCGUUUCUAGACGGUGCGCGUUUGCAGGAGCUAUUUCCCCAGUUUAAUUUGGCCACUAAUUGUACUGUGUAUUGGGUUAUGUUGUCUGCGUUCAACACGUUGCCUGAGAGCGAGGCUGGAACAGGUCACUGGUUCACUCCAUCCAUAAUUUAGGAUGACGCCUCUUGGUCAAACUUGCUUGGUGUCCUCCUUGUUUCCUCGCCCCGUCUUCAGAGUUCAACCGUCUCACCAGCAGACUGAGCGCUCCUGAGCACUGCUGUGACCCUCCCUUGUUUGGCUCUCCUGGCUGACAUCACGGGGAGGUGAUGCGACGGUUUGUCUACUGUAAGGUGGUGCUGACCACCUCUUUAGUGUGGGUGCUGGUGGAUGUGUUCUUACUGCUCUACUUCAGCGAGUGCAACAAAUGUGAUGAAAGGAAAGACCGCUCGCUGCUCCCUGCCCUGCGAGCUGUGAUAUCUCGGAGCCAUGAAGGCCCCGGGGAGAUGGGCAAGGCAGUGAACGUCCCCAAGGAUGACCAGGAGAAAAUGAAGGAGCUCUUUAAGAUUAACCAAUUCAAUCUAAUGGCCAGCGAUAUGAUCGCACUCAACAGAAGUCUGCCGGACGUGAGGUUGGAUGGCUGUAAGACCAAGCUGUAUCCAGAUGACCUGCCAAACACCAGCAUUGUCAUCGUGUUUCACAACGAGGCGUGGAGCACCCUGCUGCGGACAGUCCACAGUGUCAUCAACCGCUCUCCCAGACACCUGCUAGUGGAGGUCCUGCUAGUCGACGAUGCCAGCGAGCGAGACUUCUUGAAGAAGAAACUGGAGAACUAUGUGCGGACUCUGGAGGUGCCAGUGAGGAUCCUUAGGAUGGAGCAGCGUUCAGGUCUAAUCCGAGCCAGGUUGAGGGGGGCGGCCGCCACCAAAGGUCAGGUCAUCACCUUCCUGGACGCUCACUGCGAGUGUACUGUUGGCUGGCUGGAGCCCCUGCUGGCGCGCAUCAAAGAGGACAGGACAUCAGUGGUGUGCCCUAUCAUCGAUGUCAUCAGCGACGAGACGUUUGAGUACAUGGCAGGCUCAGAUAUGACCUAUGGUGGAUUCAACUGGAAGCUGAAUUUUCGCUGGUACUCUGUUCCCCAGCGGGAGAUGGAUCGACGCAAGGGGGACAGAACACUUCCUGUCAGGACUCCCACCAUGGCAGGAGGAUUAUUCUCCAUAGACAAAACAUACUUUGAAGAAAUAGGAAGCUACGAUCCAGGGAUGGAUAUCUGGGGCGGAGAGAACCUGGAAAUGUCUUUUCGAAUCUGGCAGUGCGGUGGCUCGUUGGAAAUUGUAACAUGUUCGCACGUGGGCCAUGUUUUCCGGAAGGCCACCCCGUACAGUUUCCCCGGAGGAACGGGCCAAGUCAUCAGCAAGAACAACAGGCGCCUGGCUGAAGUUUGGAUGGAUGAUUUCAAAGAUUUCUUCUAUAUCAUAUCACCAGGUGUGAUGCGCGUGGACUACGGAGACGUUUCUUCCCGCAAAGACCUCCGCGAGGCCUUGAAGUGCAAACCGUUCUCCUGGUAUCUGGAGAACAUCUACCCAGACUCCCAGAUCCCGAGAAGAUACUACUCACUUGGUGAAAUCAGAAAUGUUGAGACCAACCAGUGCGUGGAUAACAUGGGAAGAAAAGAGAAUGAGAAAGUUGGCUUUUUCAACUGUCACGGCAUGGGUGGAAACCAGGUGUUCUCUUACACGGCGGAUAAAGAAAUUAGGACAGAUGACCUCUGUCUGGACGUCUCGCGCAUCAACGGACCCGUCGUCAUGCUCAAGUGUCACCACAUGAAGGGCAAUCAGAUGUUCGAGUACGAUGCCGAGCGACUCACCCUGCUGCAUGUGAACAGCAACCAGUGUUUGGACAAGCCGUCUGAGGAGGACAAGAUGGUCCCCACCUUGAGAGACUGCAACGGCAGCCGCGCUCAGCAGUGGCUGCUCCGUAACAUGACCCUAAGCGUCUGAUCCCUCGCCUCAUCUCUCUCUCCCCCACCGCUCUAUCCUCAUCCUAACUGGUCCUGGCUCUCCACACCCUCGCCAGGUGGCUCUUACCACAGCACACCAUACGCCUCUUCCUGUAACAGCCUGGCCAGCUAAUACAGAGAUCCAGGCAGCAGCGGCUUAUCUUCCAUUAUGAAGGCCGUCUCUUUUUACAGCUCGCCACAGGUUUGAGAGAAGCUGCACCUGCCAUUCGGGCGACACGACAAGGUGUGGCUUUGGGGACCUUGUCGUGUCCAAGCAGGGAGAUCGGUGUGUGAGGUCUGUGCAAGGACAACAUUGAAAUCAAAGCACUCACACUGUGUCAGCCAGCUGCUAGCCGUGCAUCCACUGUGCUGCUCAGACUGCCGCUUAGCUGCUGGACAAACCAAACAAAUAAACAGAAGAGCAUUUAUAACAAGAAUAUUGCAAGGCAUGUCUCUGCGAUGGUCUGCAAUCUAAAAACAAGACUGUUGUCAUGACUGCUGCUCACCCUCUCUCCAUAUCAGUGUCUCAAGUACAUUCAAAUAACAUUCAAAGUGAUGCCGUUAACAGAGCCCGACCAAUACUGGAUCUGUGAAGCCGAUACCGAUAUUUAUAUUUCAGGGUUAAAACAUUUGAUCUUUGGUUUUAAAGUCAAACUGAAAUUUAAAUUCUCAUCACUUUUGGUGUAAGGAAAUGUAAACUAUAAUGAUAUUUCAGCUGCUGUGUAUAUUUUUCCAAUAUUUAAAAAGAUGAUUAAACACUGCAGACAUAUUUGUAGAAACAGUGUCUAAGCUUGGAGCCUCUUGGUGGGCGUUUCUAACCCCAGAUGGUGACUGACAUUUGAGAGCCAGUGUUGCCCCGUCAACGUCCGUUCUGUAGUGCGCUGCUGACCGAGGAACGUCAUUAUCGUUUAAUUAUCUUUUUUUAUAAGCCUUAAUGAUUUAAGCGGUCUGUAAAACCCAUUUUUUUGGUAGUAAGAAACCAAAUAAAUACAAAAUCAAAACAAACACAAAGGAUAUAUAUAUAUAUAUAUAUAU